UAGGCCGAACGCGGGGAAGUCACGCGAUUCUUGCGUGGUUGUAACGUAUAGACUCACAUUUAUGGAAGUGUAGUGUUGUGAUGACGGAUACCUAUUAUGUACUGUGUAUGUGAUAGAUCAUCGGGACAAACUUAUAUAUAUAUUUUAUCAGAUCGCCAUAAAAUGAGGAACUGACCACCAAAAUGGACUCUCCGGUGUCAUCGCAAGAUGAACGAGACAUCGAAGUGAACGUGGUGUCAGGUGCGAGCAGUCCAGAUAUCACGUCGUCACCUUCUAGACCAGAACAGAAGAGUCCCUAUUAUGAACUGAAGAAGGAUAAAGAAGAAAAGGCGACAGGCAGUGCGCCCUACACCAGUUUUUCAAUUAGCUCUAUUCUAAACAGAACCGAACCUAGAAGAGAUUCGAAUGUUCUGGAAGCGGCUUUGGCGGCAAAUCAAUUCGGGAACGCAAAUGAUGCAAUGCUAUCAAGGCUAGGACUGAUAUCACAAUGGAGUGCGCUGGCCGGACGGUACGGGGGUUUGGUGCCCGCGCCGUGGUACUGGCAACGACCACAUGAGAGAUCCACCCCGCCUAGAGAAGACUCUACUACCAAUGAAGAAGGUUCAGCUGGAGGCUCGCCGCGGCCCCGCAGUCCACCCAGAGUUCCCACCCCACCGUCACCAUCCCGCUCCUCACCACGCUCACCACGACUACAUCCCGCACUUUACCCUCAACAACAAGAUCCUCAAGAUUCAGAUCCAGAUGUCGACGAAAGCGACGACUUCGACAAAGACGAGAAACGUGACCCCAACGCCAACUUAGGCAAGCGGAAGAAGAAAACGCGAACGGUCUUCUCUAGAUCUCAAGUGUUUCAACUUGAGUCCACAUUUGACAUGAAACGGUACCUUAGCAGCUCGGAACGAGCCGGGUUAGCGGCCAGUCUUCAUUUGACGGAAACGCAAGUCAAAAUCUGGUUUCAGAACCGACGCAAUAAAUGGAAGAGACAGCUAGCAGCGGAGUUAGAGGCUGCCAACAUGGCACAUGCAGCUCAACGGUUAGUCCGAGUACCGAUCCUGUACCAUGAAUCGAGACCGACGUCGAUUCCACACACACCGUUACCGCUUCAUCCUCAAUUUACAAAUGAGCCCGGCGUAUACUUCCCUCCUCAGGCGCCGCAGCAGCUUCAACCGCUCCCGGCUUCACCGGUUACCUCUAGGGCGCCACUGUCCAGUCUAGUGUAGUGUUCACUUGAUUCCGUACGCAAGACUGAUAGCGCGGACGGACAAAUGUUUUGAAUACUAAGUGGUUAAUGAAUUAAGUUUCUGGUCCAGUGUAAUUAUAAUAAUGAAUUCAUUCAGUUAUAAUAAAUAUAGCGCUUAUUAGCCUGAAAAGCGCUUGGAGUGAGCUCGAACUGAGGCCAGUAGCAACAGACCGUGAUUUAUGAACGUUUAAUUAAGGACUAGUCAUAUUAUGAAUAUCAAAGCCAAAUCGUUCAAAAGUUAUUAGGUAAUUUUGUAUAGGUAAAAGCCUGGUAUAAGUAAUUAGUAAAUAAACUUACUUAGUAAACUAUUUAUUUACUUGGCUAGAUGAUAGUUAUGAAGAUUCAAAUAAAUGUAACGUACAAAAUUGACAUUCAAGUUGUAAAUAAAAUGUAUAUAAGAAUGUUUUAAUAAAGUUUCAUUGUAUUUAUUCUGCAAUAAGCGCUAGUUAAUAUUGUAAAUAAAAUAGAGAUUAAAGAACUGAAUAUUAUGCUUCUCAUGAAAAUAUGUUUUGCUAAAUGUGAAAGAAUAAAUAAUCUUCUCAUACAUAAGCACAAUGACAAACUUCAGCUAUAACUACAAUAACUUUUCCAAGAGAUUGUAUUAAGCCAUGUAGUUUUAUAAAUUUCCAAAAUACUCUCAUUUCAUUUUGAUUACAUGACUUCAUAUAUACCUACUUCCAUUUUCUAAAAAACACCAGUUUCAGAAAAUAUAGAAUUCAAGGUUUAUUUUUGUGUUCAAUAGCGGAUUUCAAGUAAACUUUUUACUAACUUGGUCUCGAUUUGCCUUCUUCCUCUACUUUAAUUUCUACAAUAUAAAAGUGCUUAGAUAUUAGCUAUAUACCUUGUCAUUCUAACGAAGCAUUUAACUUCUGUAAAAUGUCGGAUGUGUUUAAGAAGAAAUCUUGUAUAUAGAUAGUAAACGAAAGGCAUCAAAUAUGUUUGUAAAAUAAAUGUACUUGUCCAUUUAAUUGAUACUCGAAGAUUUAUUUGCUGCCGUUUGUUUUUCCUUUUCCGUAUUAAUUUACUGUUGAUUAUAUUGUGUGUACAUUGAAUUGAAGUUACAUCAUAAAGUGUAAGUAUAUUUUUAUGAAAUGUCAUAUUCUAAUACUUUGUUACAAAGUAGUGUAUCUACCUACAGCCUUAAUUUUAUUUCACACCUAAUCUGCUAAUAAAAUAUUUAAAAUGUGUUGCCAUGUUGCUUUAAUGUAAUUCUGUAAUAUUGCUAGCCUAAAUAAUUGAAUAAUGCUUAAUUCUAAAAUAUUAAUGUUAUUUAUUGAUAGUACCUAGUUGAAGUU